CUACAGUUCACACAGAUAGGUACCAUUGUGUGUGAAUAACUCGAUCAAGAUAGCUAUGAACAUGUGUUAUCAUUUAUCAAACUACAGAUGCAUUAUUUGACGGGUUCAUGUGUUUCUCUCGUUAGACUAACGAUGGUGCUAAAUUCAGUUUGGUGUUCAUUCAGAUUAUCACUCGAUUUAGAAACACUUGUUAUUUCAUUUAAAAAAUUUUACGCUCGGAUUCGCUGCUUGUAAAAAUGUCGCGAAAUUGUAUUGGUAGUUCGCGAAUGUGUGUGAUUUUUCGAAUACAAUUUUAAAUCGAGCUGGACGCCGAUUCCUUUGGUGAUUUUGAUAUCACCGAGUAAAUUCUUCGAGCCAUAUUUCCAAUCAGACAGAAUGUCUUCAACUCGUGUGGAAAUCGAUGAAAUUAUCGACGAUAAGAUCGAUCAAAACAAAACGCUAUUCCAUGUCCGUUUGAAAAAACCACCUGUAGAAUUUUGGCUACCGUACGAUAAAAUACCAUCGGCAGAUUUGAUCGUAAAGUAUGUUGUACGUUUGAUUCCAAGUUUACCUUCUGGACAGGGCGAAGUGGAUCGCAGUUUAGAUAGAAUCCACGAUAUACUAAAGAAACCUGUGAAAAACGAAUUGAAUGAUUUAGUCAAGACAUUCAGAACGUUACGCGGACUCGAGUUGCCUUACUCAAAAUACUACAAAGUUAUCGAACGUUUACAAAAAAUGAUACAAGAACGCGAUACCGAUUACGAAAAAAUCGCGUGCGUUAGACGCGAUAUUCUGGUAGAAGAAAUCAUAGAAAAAAGGAAACUACAGCUGGAAAGCUUAAAAAGGACCGAAAUGCAAAUUAAUGUCAUCAGCGAUCACAAGAAACCGAUUAAGGUGGUCAACGAUUACGAUUUAGAAGAAUUUCCGUCCUCACUGAGGUACAUUAAUAAACAAAUCGUUACUUCGUGCGAAAAAAACUUGGAAAAGGUGAUGGUCGGAUGCGAAUGCAAAAGCAGCGAAGAUUGUCGACUAUCGUCGUGUUCGCAUUACGACUACGAAAAAGCGUUGUAUCUGUCUUUGACCACUACAAAGAAAGUCGCCGGUGGAAAGCUAUCCAAUCGUGUGGUUGUGCCUUAUGACGAAAAAGGAAAAUCCUUGAAACGGUAUCCCAAAUUCGAAUGCAAUGAUCUUUGCAAAUGCGACGCGAGUUGUCCCCGAAGAGUUGUACAAAAAGGAUCGAAUGUUAAACUCGAGAUUUUUCGAACUUUCAGCGGAUAUGGUUGGGGAGUUCGUACGUUGGAAGCCAUAGAAAAAGGCACUUUUGUAUGUAGGUACGCCGGCGAGAUUCUCUUAUGGGAAGAAGCUAACAAACGAACCUGUCACGAGUAUUUGUUCGAUAUAAUAUUCGGUAUCGAUCCGGAUAUUGGUCAUCCUAAGUAUACAGUCGACGCUUACAGAUAUGGAAACAUUUCCAGAUUCGUGAACCAUAAUUGUAAACCUAAUUUGAGCGUCGAGGUUGUAUAUAUUGAGAAUAUUUCCCUCGGCUUGGGCGAAAUUUGCUUUUUUGCUGCGCAAGAUAUUCCUGCCAAUGUAGAAUUGAGUAUAAAUUACAAAGAUCUCAUAAUGAGGCAUCAUCAAACUUGUAAAUGUUCCACGUGUGUUUAAUAUCGAUUCGAUUAUAACUAUGUAAUGUAUUGGGACUUUUAAAGUGGAUAUCGAUUUGAAAAAUUCGAUUGGAAACAAACGACUUUUUUGAUUAUCUGUGAUUUGUGUGUUUUAUUAUCAAGUAAUUAUCAAUUUUUUUAGGGCCGAGUAUUGUUUUAACGUAAAAAAAAAGAUUUUAUGUAUGUAGAUUUCAAAAGAAAUUUUUUUCGAAUGUGUUAUCGAUGUAUCAAUUAUCAAUUACAAUUUUUUGUGAAUUAUUGGGUAUAAUAUAAUUGACUUUGUUUAUUCUUUUAAUGGG